AUGGAAGCUCUCAAGAUCAAAGUUUGUGGAGAGUCGAGCAUCACCCGCCUUGCUGAAGAAGGUGCUCUUCGGCUCACUGUGGAAUCAGAGGGUUCUGACCUAGACUCCGUAUCUAAGGAGGUCAUUUCGAGAUCUAACGAACUCAGUGAACUCUUCAAGGCACUGUCUCCCAAGACCAAUACCGGCACUGCUACAGCAAACGCGGCGGUAACAAAAUUUGCCUCUACUUUUCUUCGAACAAGGAACUACACCCCCUACGACAAAGAUAACAAGCUACUGCCCAAGGUGUACCAAGCCUCCAUGUCCCUAAGCAUCGUAUUCCGCGAUAUCACAAAGCUUAGCCAGGUGGUUGGCCAGCUUGUGGCCUACUCUAAUGUGGAAAUCAGUUCGAUCGACUGGAGUUUGAGCGAGGCUACGCAGAAAACCUUACGGUCGCAAAUGCGCAGAGAGGCUAUUCGCGACGCAGUUACUAAAGCCAACGACUAUGCCGAAGAGGUUGGAAGGCAAGUGUAUCCGGUGGAAAUCGUAGAUGGGGGACAAAGCGCUGUCACGCAACACGCACAGGGAGGAAGAUCCCUUUUUGGUGCCCCCACUGGUGCCUCCGCUGCCUUCGGAAAUGCGAAAGGGGGAGUCUGUUUGGUGGCGCGUUUGGUAGUGGUGCUCCUAGCAACUCUCCAGAGCUUUCCGAGACACUCGAUCUUAGUCCUCCAGACAUUCGAGUUACGAGCUCGGUGA